ACACACAGUCACUCUUUGCCUGGACAGAUUCAUCACUUGUUAACACAAUCAGAAGCAGCGACCUGAAACAGCAAAGUAAUCCUCACCACCUGAUAGCCAAAGACACCGUGAUGUGCGGAGCGGAGGUCAUCCCAAACGGCCAUGGUCGCCCCGGCCAAGCCCCGUCUCCGGGGAAGAGGAAAAUGCGCGGCAGCAGGCUCGCGGAUGAGGAUUUUGAAGCCUGGGAGGCCGAGUUCCAGGAGUUCAUGGCCGCCGCUGACGAGGAGGAGGACAUUGAGCCGUUCUUGCCAGGUGUCCCGGCGGAGUCCUGCAAGCCGGAGCACCGUUCGCCGGUCAUUGCGAAGCCAAAGCGGCGUAGGGUGAGUCCUAGCCACCCGUACCGCGGCAUCCGGCAGCGAGCAUGGGGGAGGUGGUCGGCGGAGAUCCGUGACCCCACCAAGGGCGUCCGCGUCUGGAUCGGCACCUUCGACACCGCGGCGGACGCUGCGCGCGCCUACGACGCCGAGGCGCUGCGCAUCCACGGCACGAAGGCCAGGACCAACUUCCCUGCUGGCACGGCGGCGCCGGCACCGGCGCCGCGCAGUCAACUUCCUGGGAUGUCUCCUUGCAGAGCCGUCUGCGGCAGGGACAACGUAGCCCGUGCGACGGAGAGUGCCUCGACGUCGUCGUCGUCCGAGGUCUGCAGCAACGCCCCGGCGCGCAUACUGUUGGAGUGCUGCUCGGACGACGUGAUGGAGAGCCUCCUCGCCGGCUCCGACAUGGCAGGCACCAUCGACUUCUGGAGCGUCCGUUUCCCAAGCUAAUAAUUCAUGAAAUAACGGGACCUGGGGAACAGCUUGGUUUGAUGCUUGUAUAAUUCCACUGAUCGAUCUGUUCAAAUCUGCGCUUUCAGGUGUGUUACCGUAGAAUUCAGCAACUUGUGCCACUUUGUGCUUUACUUUCGAAUUUUGAUCCCAUUCUUUUUGGAGAAUGCUUGAUGUGUGCCUGCAAAGUAUUGUGUGCGGUUGAACCAGCCAAGAACUCAAGAUCCUAGAUGGAUGUGAAACAAACAAAGAGUGUUAUGAUACCAAUAUAUGCCUUCAGGCUUGACAAUUUACAUGUUGUUCUACAUCCUUUUGUAAUAAUAAGUCGACCUCUGUUUUCCAGAGGAUUAAAAAUACUAGCACUUGAUGAAAACGGAGAACCCACUACUGA